GUGAAUCAUAUUGAUUUGACCCUGAGUUCCAACAUCGGAGCAGGAGGCUCGACAUUGAUCGAGAGACCCCUUCGGAUAGCGGCGACGGCGAGCGCAGAAAUGGUUUCACAGCGGUGGGCUUACAUAAGGAUUGUGACGGGUACCAUUCUCGGCGGAGUCCUCGGUUUCUACGUGAUGCAUCGGGUCGAAAUGGGCUAUAAGGAGAGGAGGACUGAGGAGAUACGGAGGUAUCAGAACGAGAUGAAGAGGAGACAGCAAGAAGAAGAAGCUCAAUCCGAACUCUGGUCGGACUCUUAGCGUAGGUUCUUCAUGUUACUCUUCUUUAAUGGCUGGCUCUACCCUAUUUGAUUCUCUUGGCCCAUUGGUUUGCUGUUGAAAGGGGAUAGAACUUCCUCCACAACGUUAUUCAUCAUUGAAAGGUCUAAUAAAUUUAGGUUUUCCACAUUCACCACGAAGUUUGUAUCCAUAUAGGCGGGCAAUGUCAACUGGAAUGUGUUGUUCCAAAUCUUUUUGAGUGUCUUGAAUGGUCCAGAAGUAAUUGGUUUGAUUUUUCAACC